AUGGCAUCCGGAGUUAAAUGUCAUCAGUCAUGUAUCGAUGCUUACAACGAGUUGAAACUGCGUAAACAGCAUCGAUACAUACUAUUCCACAUCAAAGAUAACAAGGAAAUACACGUGUUGACUCAAGCAGAUCGAGGGGCCACUUAUGACGACUUUCUUGGCGAGCUUAUCGCUGCCAUGGAGAAGGGCGAAGGUCGUUACGCUGUUUACGACUACGAAUGUCCCGGCAAACUGCCCACUCUUGUGUUCAUCUCAUGGAAUCCGUCUGCACUGAAUAUUAGGACAAAAAUGAUUUACGCUGCUUCCAAGGACGCUAUCCGGCUGAAAUUGAUAGGGAUCAAGCACGAAGUGGAAGCCAACGAUUUAGAUGAGAUUACUGAGGAAGAGCUGCGCCAAAAAAUCGGGUGA